UAAACAAAUUCUUAUGAAAUUUCUUUAUUUUUAGAUUUGAAUAAAGCAUAAAGAUGUUGUUUGGAGUUGCCCAUAACGCCUUCAAGUCUUUACGGCAGACUGCCCCCCGAGUCCGUGUCUAUUUAUAUAACAAAAAUGCUUACUCUACACAGGUUGAAUACAAACCCAUUCGCUCUGUAUUGGUGGCGAAUCGUGGUGAAAUUGCUAUUCGUGUUUUCCGUGCCUGUACCGAAUUGGGCAUCAAAUCGGUGGCCAUUUAUUCGGAACAAGAUAAAAUGCACAUGCAUCGUCAAAAGGCCGAUGAAGCCUAUUUGGUGGGCAAGGGUUUGCCACCAGUUGAAGCUUAUUUAAGCAUUCCAGAAAUUAUACGUGUCUGUAAGGAGAAUGAUGUAGAUGCUGUGCAUCCUGGUUAUGGUUUCCUUUCAGAACGUAGUGAUUUUGCUCAGGCUGUCAUCGAUGCUGGUCUUCGUUUUAUUGGUCCCUCUCCCAAGGUUGUCCAACAGAUGGGUGACAAAGUUGCCGCACGUAUUGCUGCCAUCGAAGCUGGUGUACCCAUUGUACCCGGUACUGAUGGUCCUGUCACAACCAAAGAAGAAGCUGUUGAAUUCUGUAAGAAACAUGGUCUUCCUGUUAUCUUUAAGGCUGCCUAUGGUGGUGGCGGUCGUGGUAUGCGUGUCGUUCGUAAAAUGGAUGAAGUUGAGGAGAUGUUUGAACGUGCCAGUUCAGAAGCUAAGGCUGCUUUCGGUAAUGGUGCCAUGUUUAUUGAAAAGUUCAUUGAACGCCCACGUCACAUUGAGGUACAAUUAUUGGGUGAUAAGGCUGGUAAUGUGGUGCAUUUGUAUGAACGUGAUUGUUCCGUACAACGUCGUCAUCAAAAGGUAGUGGAAAUUGCUCCCGCUCCUCGUUUGCCCAAGGAGGUACGUGAUAAAAUGACUGAAGCUGCUGUACGUUUGGCCAGACAUGUGGGUUAUGAAAACGCCGGUACUGUGGAAUUCUUGUGCGAUGAAUCGGGUAACUUCUAUUUCAUUGAAGUCAAUGCUCGUUUGCAAGUAGAGCACACUGUAACUGAAGAAAUCACUGGUAUCGAUUUGGUGCAAUCACAAAUCCGUGUUGCUGAAGGUAUGACCUUGCCUGAACUUGGCUAUACCCAAGAUAAGAUUCAACCUCGUGGUUAUGCCAUCCAAUGUCGUGUCACCACUGAAGAUCCCGCCAACGAAUUCCAACCUAGCACCGGUCGUAUUGAAGUAUUCCGUUCCGGUGAGGGUAUGGGCAUCCGUUUGGAUAGUGCUUCCGCCUUUGCUGGUGCCAUCAUCUCUCCCUACUAUGAUUCUUUACUAGUCAAAAUCAUUUCUCAUGCCACCGAUUUACAAAGCUCUGCCUCUAAGAUGAACCGUGCCUUGCGUGAAUUCCGUAUUCGUGGUGUCAAGACGAACAUUCCCUUCUUGUUGAACGUCUUGGAAAAUCAAAAAUUCCUUCAUGGUGUCCUCGAUACCUACUUCAUUGAUGAACAUCCUCAGCUGUUCAAAUUCCGCCACUCACAAAAUCGUGCUCAAAAACUGCUUAACUAUUUGGGUGAAGUUUUGGUUAACGGACCUCAGACCCCCUUGGCUACCACUUUGAAACCUGCUGAAGUUUCUCCCCAUGUUCCUACUGUUCCUCUGGAUUUAUCUCGCGAAGCCAUAGAACGCGAAGAACGUGGUGAAGCUAAAGGUAUGUUUUCAAAUUCAUUGUGUGUUGUAACAAAAUUUCAGAAAAAUUCUAACCUAAAAAACACUUCAUAAAACUAAUUAUAUUUACAUACGUACAUACUUUCAUAACAAAUAAAAGAUGGAUAAAACAAAUCGGUUCAAAUUUAUUUAUGAAUCGUUUGAAGGGUUUAAGUUUAUAUAAAAAAUUAUUAAAAUAUUAAAAAACAUGGAACUUUCACUACAGGUUGGUAGAUAAAAUGUCAUUAAAUUGGUAAUCUUAGUUUAAACAAUAGUUAAUCAACGCUUAAUUCAACAAUUCUGUUUAAGGUUUGACUAUUAUCACGUGUAAUAAAUUACGUUAAAGGUUUUGUGUUUGACCCCUGGGCCAGUAUUUUAAUUAAUUUUUAUUUGCUAUAGACUAGCCUAUAGACAAGACAAGUCUA